CAACCAUCCCGUACAGCUCCAGUCGCCAGCAAAAAAUCAUCGUCAGUCAAUGUAAUCUUAAGAAUAGCAAACUCAACAGCUUCGUUCGUGCUAUCGCUGCAAGUUUCGAAUGGUUCUGGAUCACUUUAGCCACCACCUUUCCAAGUAGAUUUAGUGCGUAGUGUGUAGUGCAACCGGUGGGCUACUGCGAUUUGGUAAAGUUGGCGGCCAUCGUCCGCGGUUUGGGCCGAAUUUCGGACGAUUUUCCUGCCAUUGGCAAAUUGCUUCGGACACUUUUCGACACCACGACGGGUGAAGAUGUCUGGAGUAGAAAAUUUUCUACUGCGACCCGCCUCUCCCUCCCCUCCCCCCUCCCAGCACAGCGCCCUUCUGUGCGAGCGCGGGUGUUGGAGUGUGUUUGUGCAGGCAGUGCUAGUGACGGAGUGUGUGAGUGUGUUUUAGUGUAUGGCGACCGUGUUUGCGAUUUUUUUUUCGACUCCAGCUCUUGUGCUAAUGUGCAUUCGUGUAUGUGUGAGGUGUCGGUCGGAGUGCGGAGUGCGAGGGUGGCCCCGGACUCUGAACGUAAGCAGGCAGGGAAUCUGAACGAGAUUCAAUUAAAGCAUCAUUUGAUAAUGGAUGACAGUUUUUUUUGCUCUCUGUCUCGGUGUGCGUGUUCAUUGGUGUGAGACCGUGAGACAGGUUUUUUUUUCUCUCUAUUGUAGUCAGUUUUCAGGCUAAUGAAUUGUUUCAACACUUAUUACGUGUGUGAUGGACGGACUGCAAGUGCAAAUUAAAGACGGACGACGAUCGCAGCGGAGGAACCCUUUAAAGAUCGAUCGUGUUCCAAUUGGAAUCUGUGACUAAAUCCAGUGCCACUAAAGCAAUAUCCCGUUCGAUGAAACAAACACACCUAGCUAUAAUGAAAUUACGAGAAAAAAUACAUUUUAAGAUUUAAACUUUAGAAAAAGUUUUACAAAAUCAUAAACCUCGCAUUAUUUAUAAAUUAAUUUUAACUAUAAUUAAAUUUUAAAACAAACAAAAAUUAUUAUAUAUUAAAUUAAAUUAACAAAUUUGUAAACUAACACGUAACUCGCAAAAAUCAAACACCCCACACACACACUCAAAAAACCACACACACACACACACACACACACACACAAACAAACAAUGGCUUCUCGCAAGAACGCAAAAUUCUCCACCAAAAUCCAGUUCUAUCUGAAACACAGGGAAUCGCGAAUACUGAAGCUAUGCAACGACACAAUCGGCCCAGUACCGAACGAUUCGCUCACCAGAGCCAUCUUCAAGCUGCUGUCGAAGCCGGUGGACAACAGGCGCAUCAUUCAGCUUCUCGCCGAAAACAACAAGAAGCGCACAUCCACCAAAUCGACUGCCUCGCACAGCACCCUGAAGACGCCCCAGAUGACACCUCAGAUGACGCCUCAGACAACGAUGACGACGACGACGCUCACAUCAUCCGCUUUCACAGGAGCCCUCCCACUGAUAGCCGGCACCGGAACGACAUCCUCGGUGACGCCUUUCAGCGGAGCAGCCGCUUCCACAUCCGUCGUUCCGUCCCUGCCCGAGUAUCAGAAAGAGGUGGAACGGUUUCGGGGGCGUAUCAUCUGCCAGGACAACACCUGCAUCAUCGAUCCGGCGGCUUCUCCUAAGAACGACAACAAUUCGAAUCCUCGCACUCACUCCUUCCGAAUUGUCUCGUUCAGCAAGGAGGGCAACAGCGGUAGUAGUAGCAGCAGUAAUGGCGGUGGAAGCGGUAGUCACAAGGCAUCAUCCUCAUCGGACUGUUCCUCGUCGCCACUUGGCGGUGACGGUGGGCGAGAUUCCGUGGACGAACAGAUCCACAAUCUUAGCUCACCGCCGGCCGCGUCGACACAAGCUGGCCUCAAGGCGAUUCUGAUGUGCUUCAGCUGUAAGCUUAGCUUCGGUACGUGCCGGUCCUUCAUCGCCCACGCCAAGAUGGAGCACAGCCUGACGCUGAACGACUACGAGCGGAUGUUGCUCGAGAAGAACUACAGCAGUGCCAUCAUCCAGACCAACACGGAGAGGCAGUUUUACUUUCUGGUUCCUUUCGAAGAGAAAUCUUCAGCCAAUAGCAGCAGCAGCAACCCUAGCAUUAAGUCGUCGAUGGAUAGUGGUGAGGAGCGGUUCAAGAGUAGUAUCAGUCAUGGUCUUAGCAGCGCCGUAGGAGGAGGAGGAAGUCAACAGCUGUCACCUCAGCAGCAACAACAACAACAACAGGUGGAACAACAUCCGUCAUCUGUCACAUCGCCGGAGAAAAGCCCCGGUUCCAUCAGCUUCGAGGGUGGCUUUCCAAAACUCACACCCAGCAGUAUGCUCUACGACAUGGACAACAAACUGCAGGCGAGUUGGAAGCUAGCCGCCGAGAAGUACAGCAACGCCAUGAACGAAAGUGUAGCGGCCGCGGCGGCAGCUGCCGCAGUAGCAGCAGCCCAGGAGGAGAAGAACGCUGCCAGCGGGAAACUGUUGACGGAUUUUCUAACCCAACAGAAAAUGCUGUCAGCCGCGGAGAAUCUGUACAACAAGCAGAACAAGUUCCUGGAGUUGAUGAACACCAACCCGUUGGCUGCGGCCGCCGCAAAGGCCGCAGCCGUCACGGGGUCAGGCGUCGAUGGAUCUAGCGAUUUUCAAAUGGCCAAAAAGUACAAUGCAAUGGAUCUCUACAAGCAGCUGAUGGCGGCAAACAACUUCCGACCGGAGGUACUAGACCUGAAGGAAGAACUGAAGAGCGAGCAUCAGAUAAGCGUUAAGAAACUAGAGACUGAAGCGUCGGCUGCGUUCCGUAACAGUAACUUCGCGCCAAACAUUUCCACCAGGAAUUCCUGUAAAACGUUGAAAUGUCCUCAGUGUAACUGGCACUACAAGUACCAGGAAACGUUGGAGAUUCACAUGCGAGAGAAGCAUCCGGACGGGGAGACGGCCUGUAGCUAUUGUCUCGCCGGUCAACAACAUCCGCGACUCGCCCGGGGUGAAUCGUACACCUGCGGCUACAAACCGUACCGUUGCGACAUCUGUAACUAUUCUACCACCACCAAGGGUAACCUGUCUAUUCACAUGCAAAGCGACAAGCAUCUGAAUAACAUGCAAGAUCUGAACGGUAUGAUGAACAAGGGUAAUCAGAACUUCCUGAAUCUUGCGACCCUUCAGGCUACGGAGAAGGUUAACACAUCUCGCAACCAGUACAUGCAAGCCACCUCGCCACUCUCGCUAACCACCAAACUAGCCCCGUCUCCCAAAGAAUCCCAACCCAGCAGCUACGACUCCAACCGGCCAAAAUCCUUCUUCAAGUGCGACAUCUGCAACUACGACACCAACAUCGCGCGAAACCUCCGGAUCCACAUGACCAGCGAGAAACAUAUCAGCAAUCUCAACUCGCUCCAAUCCAGCUACAGCCAACUGAAGAACCUUCAAAGUAUGUCCUCCUCCGCCGCCGCAGAAAACCUCGACUAUCUGAGCGCCCUGAACCUGAACGCCCUCAAGGACGAAUCGUCGUCUCUAAGCAGCCGGGUGGAAGACUACAGCAACAGUACCCUUAAACCUCUCUCGAUCCCAUCCUCUCCGUUCGCUCCCAUCGAUCCAACCCCGCCGAUCAGCAGCAGCACCGCCAACAGCACACCCACCCCGGAGUCCCUCUUCCUCAACAACCCGUCUCCCUUCUCGGCCAGUAGCGAUACCGACCGGCUAGCAGCCGGCGAGUUCUACCAGCUAGACGAAGACAAGAACCCACUCCACUUCGAACCUCCGAUCAGAAUCACACUGGACCCAUCGACUUACUACACCUGUCUGAUCUGUUCGGACUUCGACACCAACAAUCUGGAGGAGCUGAAGAAACACGUGAUCAAGGAUCGCCUCACGUCGAACAUUGCAAUGGAUACGAUCGUGAUCGCGGCGGCUAGCUGCGAGUGUCUACUGUGUGGCUUCCGGUCACAAACCGCGGACAAGCACGACCUUGAACGUCACCUGAAAACGGAGGCUCAUCUGAAGCGACUUGAUCUGAUGAUUCAUCUGCUCGAGGGACGGGACAAGGCGAUCGGAAAGUUGCGACAGUUUUGCGGUAGCGAGUUGUACAAGAAGUUAUCCCUCAUCUUCCCACUCGCGGAGGAAUCGAAAUUUCCGUACGAAGAAAUGCCAAGCAUUGGUGAAAUUUCGCGUUCUCCGCUGUCGCUGCUGCUGGAACCGAAGACCGAACUGGUCGAGCGGGAGUUUGGCACUAGCAAUGGGAUCGAUAAUGAAGGAUGUCAACCCCAUCCGGACAAUGUGCAGAUCAAGUGCAACUGCUGUAACUACUACACGACUUCGUUGGAGAAAAUCGGCAUCCACAGUCUGUCGGAGAAGCACAUUUUCCGGCGGAUCUGUUUCGACUAUUUGCUGCUUAUCUCCAGCGAAAAGAAUACCACCACCGGAGGCGGAGGUUCACUCAGUCCGCUGAAUUUGCAGCAGCAACAUUGCAUGAAAGGUGAAGAAAAUCGUCCGGGAAGUGCUGGCAGUGGUGGUGGAGGUCUGCUACUCCGACCGGGACAGCAGCAUCUGAUGCUGACCUGUGUCCCGUGUGGUUACAAGACCGAUCACAUCUACUAUAUGAUCCACCAUCUGAGGAAAUCCUGCAAGGUGGAGCAGAACAUCAACCUGCUCGGACUGCGCAAUAUCUUCAAGUUGACCCCGAAGGGCGCCGAUCCCCAGGAUGCAAUGGACUCGGCCUCGGCGGCUACCGGGGACAACAACAAUGGCAGCACCACACUCGGCACCCUGUGCAGUAUCCUGCAGGAGAAGAAACCCUGGAACGGAGAGAACUGCAAUGGAAAGAAUGGUGGAAGUGGCGGAACCGGUAACACCACGGGCAGUACCGGUUCCAGCGGUAGCGGAACCAACGGCGAAGGAACCUGCAAGGAUCGUUGUCUGGUUUGUAGUGUGUGUAACAAUUUCUCGUCGAAGAAGAUUAACGUAAUGCAGCACCUGCUGGCGAAUCACAACGUUGGCAAUGAGUUGCUGGGGCAGGAUUUCCCCACUUUAAAUGUGCCAUCGGCGAUCCAGAAGAAACCGUUCGAUUAUUUGCGCACCCUGACGGAGGCUAGGAGUGCCCAGAAUCUGCGGCUGAUCGAGAAGGUUACCUUCAUGAACGAUACUUUUGCGUUCAAGGAGAACUGUAACGAUCUGAAGCAUGGGAAUUUGGCGGAGAUUCUGGAAACGUACAUGGGUGGCGGUGGUGGAAAGGAUGGGGAGAAGAUGGAAAAGCAUCAGACACAGACGGUGUCCUGCCCGCUGUGCCCGGAAACGUUUCUGGAUCAGGUCAACGUGGAAACGCACGUGAUCCGAGUUCACAACAUCAAGAUGGAAGGCUUGAACAGACUGCUGAAGCUGGUUGAUACCUCGCAAUUUCUAAAGACCACCAAACAACAGCAGCUCGGCAGCAGUCCGGACAAGUCGCCGAAGAAGGAAACCUCGCCCUCGCCAGAGAUCAAAUGUUCCUUCUGUAAGGUCUGCUUCGAUUCGAUGGUAGACCUGAAAAUACACUGCAACGAAAGCAAUCACUUCAAGCGGAACGCCGACUCGGAGGAUCUCGCCUGCUUCCUGAACGACUGCAAGGACGCAUUCGACAAUCUCUCCGAUCUACACCAGCACUUCAAGGCAAACCAUCUCAAUUUUUUGAUCUCGGAAAAUCACACCUACAAGUACCGCUGCAAGCUGUGUCCGUUCGCUUUCAAAACCCACGAGAAGCUGAAUCGGCAUCUGUUCUACCACUCGCUCCGGGAAUCGACUAAGUGUUUCUACUGCGAUGCCACCUUCAAGAACAUCAACUCUCUGACCGGUCACAUCGCGGAGAAACACCCGCAGGAAUCAACCGCACAGAAAGGAGCUACCGACACCCAGCAGCAAGAGUCCGCGUCCAUUCUCUUCUUCAAGGAUCUGAAACGAAAGAUGAUGAACAACAAAAACGGGAUGAGUCCCAAGUCGGAUCGUAGUCAGGCGCGGGACAGUGCGGACGAAGAUCGGCUCAGUGAGAAGUCGAUGAGUAGCAAGAGUAGUCUGUACUACGACAAGAGUCUGGAUGGUUCGGAUGGAGGUGGGGUGGGUGGAGGAGGGAAGCUAGCCUGUACGGACUGUCGGUUCAACUUCACCGACGCGGCAGCUCUCGAGCGACAUAUGGCCACGGCAUUCCAUAUGUCGAAAGAGAAGGAAAAAGCCGCAGCGGACAGUCUAGCCGGGAUGGUCAACAAGCAGCAACUGUUCUACGAUAUCAAAUCGGAGAAGUUUACGAACCCGAAUCGGCCAUUCAAGUGUACGAUCUGUAUGGAGAGUUUCACGCAGAAGAAUAUCCUGUUGGUGCAUUAUAACAGUGUGUCACAUUUGAACAAGUUGAAGAAGCUCAAGUCCGAUAAGCAACAGCAGCAGCAGCCGUCGCAUCAGUUUCCGUUUCAGAUCGGGGCUUCCAUGGGUGAGGGAGGUGGGGAUGGGUGCGAACACGGGGAUAGGACGCCGAUGGAUUUCAAACCUUUUGGGCUGCAGAUGUUCGGCGAAGGAGGCGAAAAGAGAAAGGAUCUGGAAGAGAAGGAGACUGCCCGGAAGAAGUUCAAGUGUGACAUCUGCAACGUGGCGUACUCGCAGGGUAGUACGCUGGAUAUCCACAUGCGAAGUGUGCUGCAUCAGACCCGAGCCUGUCGACUGCAGGAGAGAAGCAUGUUCAAUAACCAAUUGCAGAAUAUGGAUUGUAAAAAGAAAUCUGAGUUCCCGCUUAUUCAAACGAUUCCGGAAAGUCACGAGUCUCCGAACUUCAUCGACGACACACCGUUGCGUAAGUUGAAGUCCCCGGCUGAGUUACAGCAACAACAACAAACUGUGCAGCAGCAGCAACAACAACAACAGCUAACUCCUCAGCCUCCAAUGCUGAAUCCUAUGAUGGGAGCACUCGGCCUAGCGACAGCAGGUGUCCCCGCUAUGGACAAACCAGAAAUCGUCCUCUGCGAAUGCUGCUUCCAAGUAUUCCACAAUAAAGCUACGCUGGAGACCCAUCUGGAGCUAAGUCCGGAGUGUUUGGCGCUCAAGAAGAAGCUCCUGGACAGUAGCAAUGUUGCGCAGGAGAACUUCGUCGAAAGCUUCCAGCAACAGCAAGCCUUGAACGAUCUCACCAAGGUAAAUCCCCUUCCAGGGUUCGAUCUGAAUCCGGAAGCCCUGCUAGGGAAAACACCCUUCCCGCUGGAUCCAACCGCCAAUCUGAUGGAUCCGAAUUUCCUAAAAAACGCCUCGCUACUACAGUUCGCCACCGAUCCGAACAACAAACUCGGCCCGAACGCCCUGAACGUACUGAACUUUAUGCACUUCCAUCACCUCAUGUCCCUUAGCUAUCUAAACCUCGCUCCUCAGCUGAACUUUGGUGCUGUACCUCAGAAAGUUCCGGACAUAACGGCAAAAACUGACCUCGAGAAGGUCAUCCCGGUCGACAAGACCAAACUGCCCCCUGGAAUGCUACAGUCCAAUCUCAACGGGAAACCUCCGCUCGACAUGAACCUAAUGGCGCACAACCUCGAGAACAAAAUGCCUCCCCAGCCUCCGCAACAGCAACCCUGCACUCAGAAACGCGCCCGAACUCGUAUCACCGACGAACAGCUGCGUAUCCUUCGCUCGCACUUCGACAUCAACAAUUCGCCGAGCGAAGAAAGCAUCCAGGAGAUGUCCAUGAAGGCUAACCUGCCGCCGAAAGUCGUCAAGCACUGGUUCCGCAAUACCCUCUUCAAGGAACGCCAACGUUCCAAGGACAGUCCGUACAACUUCAGCAUUCCCCCUUCCACGAAGCUGAACGUGGAAGAAUACGAACGAACCGGUGAAACGAAGGUCGUCGAUUUGGACACCUCGUUCAAAUCCAACGACUCCCAGGACAUCUCCCAGAAUGCGGUCGAUCUGAAGAUGAACGAAAUGAAGCAAAGUUUUUCCAAAUCCCUGAUGGAGUCCUUGUCCAAGCACCAGGCCAAUCAGGAGCUGGGUAACUUUCAGCUGAAUAAGAAUCUAUUCCCGGAUAACUUCGCUAACGACUUCCAGGCCCAACAUGAGCAAGCAUCCCAGCUCCAAGCUAACGUUGCCAAUUUUUUCUCCCAAGCUCCCGAUCUGAAUCUGAACAACCUUGGCAAAGAGCUCAUGUCGAACAAGAAGAAAAAAAUCAAAUCCGAAACCUCCUCGAACGCAUCCCCCAUCCCAGCCGAUCUUCAGAUUGAUUCCAGCAAUUCAAGCCCCCUCCCAAUGCGCCCUCCCAGUGCCAUCUCUCUGAAGAAGCACAUGGAAGCUCGCCCUCUCGGCACACCGGUUCUGAUGGAAGAAAUCAAAAUCCCAAGUCCCAUCGAGAGUCCGGUUCUGUCUCCACCAUCGUCGAUCACCAGCGGAAUGCACCAGCAGAUGGCGCAGAAUCAAGCGAUCACCUGCUCGAAUGGGAAACGUGCCAACCGAACCCGCUUCACCGACUACCAGAUCAAGGUACUGCAGGAGUUCUUCGAGAACAACUCCUACCCGAAGGAUAGCGAUCUGGAGUAUCUGAGCAAACUGUUGAUGCUGUCACCCCGGGUAAUCGUCGUGUGGUUCCAGAACGCCCGCCAGAAGCAGCGCAAAAUCUACGAGAACCAGCCGAACCCGACGUUCGAGACGGACGAGAAGAAGGCCAUCAACAUCAACUACACCUGCAAGAAGUGCAACCUGGUGUUCCAGCGUUACUACGAGCUGAUCCGUCAUCAGAAGAACCACUGCUUCAAGGAGGAAAGCAACAAACGUUCGGCCAAGGCUCAACUGGCGGCAGCUCAGAUCGCGCAUUCCUUCACCAGCGGUAGCGAGGACUCCGAUUCGAGCCUGGACGUUAGCCGGCGGGACUUUCAGCCGCGCGAAAACGACUGCCCCUUCUAAUGGUAGGCCUUUUCCGAGUAUCAUUGAGCUUUUGUUGUCCCGCUAGCGCCAACGCCGCCGCUACUCACGCUAUCCACGCCAGGUUCCGUUACGAGCUAUGAUCCUUUUGGGUCCGCGUAUCGGUAUCCUAGCUUCUACUGAACAGCUCGUUUCCGACCUUAUUUCUUAACAUUCCUCAGGACUUACUUUUAAUAUUAUCUCCCAGUGAUUACCUAACAUUCCAAUAACCUCUAAAAAUUUUUUGUUCGUUAUCUAGGUAAGUGUAGCGCUGGCGCUUUCUCUUAUGUUUUGGUCCCUUUUUUAAAAAAAACGCAUUUCUUUUUUUUGUUCGGUUUAAAAAUUGACACAGCAUUUCCUAUGAAUGAAGAACAUUUUCUCUUCCUCCCGCGAUAAAAAAGUUACUAUUUUCUAAAGAAAGACUAUUUUGAUAUACAAACUAAACCGUGAAGAAAAAUCCCCGCAUCAAAUGUAAUGUGAAAGUUCCUAAACUGAAAGCAAGCGAAAGAAAGAUAUAUUAGCGUAUAGAAGACGAAGAAGAAGAAACCAAUACAAAAACACAAUGUUUUGUAACUGAUUUGCCAUAAUUGUGAAUUUGUAAAUGGUACGAACGUGCGAAAAAAGAGAGAGAGAAAAAAAAGCAUUACAACAAGCAGAAGAAGAAAACGAGAACUGCUAUACUGAAAACAGAUAGAUAAUUAUAUUGUUUUGUCAGUUUUUUGAUUAUUGAGAAUUUUAUUAUAAACAGCAGGCGAAAUAGAAUCCAAACAACAUCAUGGAGAUUGUUAUCGAAAAAAAAACCUAAAACAACAAAA